AUGGAAAGCGGCAAAGACGCUGAAAAUCAGCCUGUAUUGUUCAUGGGAGCACAAACUGAAAAUUUAGAUUACAUGUAUGAACUAGUGCAUGAACUUUCCGCCCAAUUGAAAACGAACGAAAAUAUGAGAGAUGCUGUUUUGCAGGAUGUGGACCUUCUAUCCAGGCAGUUGAACCAUGGCAAUGUGGACGUAUCACCGGACAUCAAUGUCACAAAGCAAUUUAUAUACAAAAGGUUGAAAGACGAGGAACUCUCAAUUCAGGAUGAAGAAGAAGAAGAUGGGAAUGAAGAGGACAACAUGUUACAUCACGUGACCAAACAAAACGAACAGUUGAAAGAAAUCUUAAAGAACCAACAAAGGCGCAAUGCUGUAGCACUUCAAGCUCUACGACACCACGACGAAGGAUUGGAAAUAUGCGUGACAAUGUUACGAAAUGAAAUCUACAGUUACCACGUGACCGUACUAUCACGGUCCCGAGAUCUUAUAGAAAAUCAGCUAUACAAAGCGGAAGAUUCCCAAUUCAAUCAAUACCUAGAGUCUGUGACGGACUUACAGCAGCUUCUAGACCUUUGUAAACUUUACAGAACACUUCUAAGAGCGCACCCGUAA